AUGGAAUUUCGAACAUUCCGAAACAGUGAACAAAAUACUGAUCUUAUAUUGAAAUCUAUACCAUCAGAUCCGAUGCUAGAUUUGCACCAGCCCAAUUUUCAACAAAAAUGUUUUGUAUUUACCGAUAUAGAACUUACUGACAUAAGUGGCAAAUAUCCUCCUGAAUCAGAUAAUCGCAAAAUUGGUAAUGGAUCCAUAUCUACAUAUUCUAAAACAUUGCCAAAAAAUAAAAAAAGUAAAACUAAAUGGAAAGGGAAAAAAAUUGCUACAACUGUAGCUGGAAUAUUGUUAUUGUUACUAAUUGGCGCGGGAGUACCGUUUGCUUUACAGCUGCGUUCAUCAUCUCUCUUGGAAGCAAGGCUGACCUUUAUAAAACGACUAUUAAGUGAAAUUCCAUUAGUAGAAGGUUAUUGGAGUCCGGAAAAUUUGACUACUUCAUUAUCAGCAAUAAAGGAAGGGUUAGUAGGAGCACUAUUGUGGUCAGUAGAUAUACCUUGUGGAGCACAACACUUGGAUGCUGUGCAGAGAGCAUUGGAAGGAGUGGAUGCAGCAAAAAACACUGCAAAACACCAUGAGUCAUUAGUCAUAGUUGAUAAAGCUUUAGAUAUGGAAAAAGCUCAUUCGGAUGGUUUUGUUUCUGUGAUCUUAGGCAUUAAAGGCGGCCAUGCUCUAGGAGCAAGUCUUGCUGUCCUGCGGUCACUUUACCAUCUAGGAGUCAGAUUUGUUUCUUUAACCCAAGAGGGGUGCAGCACGCCCUGGGCCACAGCUUCUAAAUAUUAUGAAAUGGAAUCGCAUCCGGAACAAGACAUUGAGCUAGAUGGAAUUACAUUAUUUGGACAGUCAAUGAUAAGUGAAAUGAAUCGAUUGGGAGUUCUGUUGGAGGUGUCGGGGGCUUCAGAAUUGGCAAUGAAGCAAGCUUUGACUGUAUCUCGUGCGCCCUGCUUGUUGGCCAAUUCUUCACCUCUCGCAUUAUGCAACGAUACUUCGGCCAUAUCCGACGAUAUACUUACAAGCUUGCCACAAAACGGUGGUAUUAUUAUGGUAAAUGUGGACCAUUGUAAAAAUCAGCAAUUAACAAGGAAAGAUGCUAUAUCAUACAUUAAUCAUGUUCGCAACAUGGCUGGUGUAGACCAUAUUGGUUUAAGUGGUGCAACUUCAAAUUAUCCUCACUUGCUUGCAGAAUUGGCAAGAGACCGGUUAUGGGGUAAAUGA